AUGAACUUUGCAUCAUCAUCUCAGCAAGGGAUCAAUCAGAUAGAAAAUGAAGAGAAAUUUGCGCUAAAAAGACCAACAUAUCAAAAUCAAAGCACCAAGAUGAUACCAUUAAGGUCAGGGCAACCUUUCUUUGAAAAUUACCCUUUGAAUUUCAAUCAUUCUUUCGAAUGUGAUGAUGCACAGGAAAUACUCCCAUCAGUCAUAAAUCCAAUCAUCAACACACCUACUGAAUGUUACUUUCCGUACGACAGAAGAUUUGUCCAAGUUUUGCCCACUAAAAUAUCAGAACAACGAGGAAAAAUGAAAAAGUCCCAGAUGGAUACUCCUCAAAGGAUCAAUGCUUGUUAUUCUCCUGCAUAUAGUGGUGUAAGUGUAUAUGAUAAAAGGGAACGUAUGCACACAUACGACAUUCCGAUUUAUUCGAAGGUAUUUACUUGUCCUACAUGUCACACUAGAUUCAACCGAAAAUCAGAUUAUCUCAGGCAUAUCAGGGAGCAGCAUAGGAAUCCUAAAAAGAAAUUUGUUUGUGCCGGAAAAUUAUACAACGGUGCAAGAUGGGGUUGUGGAAAGCGAUUUUCCCGUAAAGAUCAACUUAAGAGACAUCUUCAUUCACGCAAAGCACAACUUAAAUGCUUGAAAAAUAUUCCAUUUGGCAAGUGUGCCUUCGUAUCUGGAAUGAAAAUCAUCAAGAAUUCAUCCGUUUUUACGUUUACUCCAAUUGUGUUGGGACCUCCGCCUAUGAAGGCCUUGUUACCUCAACCCUGA